AUGUCCCAGAGGAAUAAAUCUAAAGCCGGCAAAGCGGAGAAAGCCUCGUUCUUGCUGGCAUGGACCUCCACAGUGAAAGCCAAAGAAGGCCUGAGCCUCUUCCAAAAUGGCACCGGCCCACCAUCAGAUAAAUGCUCCCGCUCACCUCCUGUCUCCCCAGUCCCCUCACAAGGGGAGGGACCCCUCACAGCAACAACCAUGAGGGCAAUGAUGGCUGAAUUUGCCACUACUAUACAAAGCUCUAUCAAAGCUCAGAUACAGAGCUUGGCUACAGAGCUGCGCAAAGAGUUCCUAGAUGUUGGCCGAUGCAUUGAGCACAUGGAGAGAAAAAUGGACGACUUUGCCAGAGUGCGCAAUUCAGUAGCGGAUAAAUUGAAGGAGCUGGAAGACAUUAUACAAGCACAAAAGUUUAAGUUGGCGGACAUAGAGGACUGCUCUCGAACUGUUUCAGGGGAGCAGAUAAUGCUCAUUGAAAAUCAAACUGACAUUUGUGAGGUUUGGAUAGUUGGACUUCGGAAGCUCCAUGAAAGCAGAACAUUGUUUUUUCAUUUUUUUCUCUUUAUCUAUAUGGUUAUUAUAACUGGAAAUCUAUUAGUUGUGUCUUUAGUUUUGAGAAGCUACCUCCAUUCACCAAUGUACUUUUUCCUUAGUAAUUUAUCCUCAUGUGAAAUCAUGUUUACCUUAAAUAUAGUGCCUCAAUUUUUGCAAGUUUUAUUGUCAGACGGAAGCAAAAUUUCUCUAAUGGGAUGUUUAACGCAGUUUUAUGUAUGUGGUUCACUAGCAGCAACAGAGUGUUUUCUUCUUACUGCAAUGUCAUAUGACCGCUAUGUAGCAAUUUGUAACCCGCUUCACUAUAACUAUCUCAUGGACCUCAAUGUUUGCCAUCAAAUUGCUGCCACAUGUUGGGCUGGUGGAUUUCUCUCAAUGUUAACUACUCUAGUUCUCGUCUCCCGACUCACUUUCUGUGAUCCUUGUAUAAUCGACCAUUUUUUCUGUGAUUUUGCCCCCAUUCUUGACAUAUCCUGCUCAGAUACUUAUUUAGUCAAAAUAGAGACAUUUAUUUUUACUUCAUCAGUAUCUCUCUUUACCUUUUUAUUCAUUAUAGCCACAUAUGUUGCUAUAAUGAUAACUAUUUUUAGGAUUCCCUUCUCCAGUGGAAGAAAAAAGUCAUUUUCCACUUGUAGCUCUCACUUGGCUAUUGUAUCCACAUACUAUGGCACAUUAAUUACCGUGUAUGUGGUUCCUUCUGGGGGGAACUCAAACACUACCAAUAGGAGUCUGUCUCUAAUGUAUACUUUGGUAACGCCGCUCUUUAAUCCAAUUAUAUACAGCCUGAGGAAUCAAGACAUUAAGCUGGCAAUAUUAAAAUUAGUCAAAAGCAAGAGCUAG